UGCAACGGACGAAGCCUGCACUAAUAAAUUUUGUUUGCAAAUUUCGUUCGAUUUUAAUGUGAAACAAUAAUUACACAAAAUAAAAAAUACUUUACACCUUAAAAAAUACACAAAAUAAUAAAUAUUAACCAAGACUGAAAACUCCCAUACAACAAAUAAUAUUGUCCAAAUAAUUUGUCUCAUUCUGCGUUUGCAAAAAGUUGCAAAAAAGUGCUUUGGAAGUGAUUUUUUUUAUUCCCAAGAAAAAAAGUCAAUAUCAAUAAUGCAGAACGGCAGCAGUGCCUCUCCCGCGGGAGGAGGUAAAUCAGUUUCUAUUGAAAAAAUGUACCAAAAGAAGUCCCAAUUGGAACAUAUUCUUCUUCGUCCCGACACUUAUAUCGGAUCCGUCGAACACACCAAGGAGCUUAUGUGGGUAUACAAUACCGAAACAAACAAAAUGGUACAAAAAGAACUGUCCUUUGUUCCCGGUCUUUAUAAAAUCUACGAUGAAAUUCUUGUCAAUGCCGCUGACAACAAGCAACGUGACAAGUCCAUGUCAAGCAUUAAAAUCGACAUCGAUCAAGAGAAAAAUACCAUAUCCAUUUGGAAUAACGGUCAAGGAAUACCUGUUACAAUGCAUAAAGAAGAGAAAAUGUAUGUACCAACUAUGAUCUUUGGUCAUUUGCUAACAUCAUCCAAUUACAACGAUGAUGAGAAAAAAGUAACUGGUGGUCGUAAUGGUUAUGGAGCUAAACUAUGCAACAUCUUUAGUACUUCAUUUACCCUAGAAACUGCCACCAAACAGUAUAAGCGCUGUUUUAAACAAACUUGGGGUGCUAACAUGACAAAGGCUUCCGAACCGAAAAUCAAAGAUUUCUCCGGCACUGACUUUACAAAAGUUACUUUCUCACCCGAUCUGGCCAAGUUCAAAAUGGAAAAAUUGGACGAUGAUAUUGUGGCAUUAAUGUCACGUAGAGCUUACGAUAUUGCAGCUGCCACAAAAGGUGUUUCAGUCUUUUUGAACGGAAACAAAUUGCCAGUGAAGAACUUUAAGGACUACAUUGACUUGUAUGUCCAUUCUGCCGAUGAAACCGGUGCCCCAGUGAAAGUCAUUCACGAGAAUUGCGGUGAACGUUGGGAAGUUGCUGUUUGUGCCUCAGACCGUGGGUUCCAACAAGUUUCGUUUGUCAAUUCAAUUGCCACGACUAAAGGCGGACGUCAUGUUGAUCAUGUCGUCGACAAUGUCAUCAAACAGUUGAUUGAAACCCUCAAAAAGAAAAACAAGGGUGGCAUUAAUAUUAAACCAUUCCAAGUGCGAUCUCAUUUGUGGGUGUUUGUUAAUUGUCUAAUUGAAAACCCGACAUUUGAUUCGCAAACCAAGGAGAAUAUGACAUUGCAACAAAAAAGCUUUGGCUCUAAAUGUGUAUUGUCUGAGAAAUUUGUAAAUAAUAUGACCAAGUCGGGUAUUGUUGAAGCAGUCCUCACUUGGGCUAAAUUCAAGGCCCAGACUGAUCUUGCCAAAACAAGUGGCAAGAAAAGUAGCAAGAUCAAGGGAAUACCAAAAUUGGAAGAUGCCAAUGAAGCUGCUUCCAAAAAUGCUCAUCUUUGCACACUCAUUCUAACCGAGGGAGACUCAGCCAAGUCAUUGGCUGUCUCUGGUCUUGGUGUUAUUGGUAGAGAUUUGUACGGAGUCUUCCCUCUGCGUGGUAAACUGCUCAAUGUCCGUGAAGCCACACACAAGCAAAUUCUAGAAAAUGCCGAAAUUAAUAAUUUAAUUAAAAUUGUCGGAUUGCAGUAUAAAAAGAAAUACAACACAAUCGAUGAUCUUAAAUCAUUGCGAUAUGGCAAAAUUAUGAUUAUGACUGAUCAGGAUCAGGAUGGUUCGCAUAUCAAAGGUCUCUUGAUUAAUUUCAUUCACACCAAUUGGCCGGAAUUACUUCGUUUGCCAUUCCUUGAAGAAUUCAUUACCCCCAUUGUCAAAGCCACAAAGAAAGAUGACGAAUUGAGUUUCUAUUCGUUGCCAGAGUUUGAAGAAUGGAAGAAUGAUACACCUAAUAGUAAUACAUACAAUAUAAAAUACUACAAAGGUUUGGGUACUUCGACCUCUAAGGAGGCGAAAGAAUACUUCCAGGAUAUGGAAAAACAUCGAAUUUUGUUCAGAUAUGAAGGACAAAUCGAUGAUGACAAUAUUGUGAUGGCUUUCUCUAAAAAAUGUAUUGAAAAUCGUAAAGAUUGGCUUCGCAAUCACAUGGACGAAUGUAAGAGAAGGAAAUUGUUGGGUUUGCCUGAGAAAUACCUUUAUACCAAAGGUACCAAGAGUAUAUCCUACAAUGAGUUUAUUAAUUUAGAAUUGGUUCUCUUCUCGAAUGCGGACAAUGUUCGAUCGAUUCCAUCGAUUGUAGAUGGCUUCAAGCCUGGUCAGCGUAAAGUUAUGUUUACUUGUUUCAAACGUAACGAUAAGAGAGAAGUUAAAGUUGCUCAAUUAUCAGGUUCAGUUGCUGAAAUGUCAGCCUACCAUCACGGAGAGGUUUCUCUGCAAAUGACCAUUGUUAAUUUGGCCCAGAAUUAUGUUGGUUCAAAUAAUAUAAAUCUCCUUGAACCACGUGGUCAAUUCGGUACGAGAUUAGCUGGUGGAAAGGAUCACGCUAGCGCUCGUUAUAUUUUCACAAUUCUAUCUCCAUUAGCUCGUUUGAUAUUCCAUCCUGCCGAUGAUCCAUUAUUGCAAUAUGAAAUCGAUGAUAAUCAAAAAAUCGAACCAGUUUGGUAUAUUCCAAUUAUUCCAAUGGUUUUGGUUAAUGGAGCUGAUGGUAUUGGUACCGGUUGGUCAACUAAAAUUCCUAAUUACAAUCCACGUGAUUUGAUUGCGAAUAUCCGACGUAUGCUUAAUAAAGAUGAACCCAAGGCAAUGCAUCCAUAUUAUAAGAAUUUCAAAGGUGUCAUUGAUUAUGUCUCAGACAAUCGUUAUGUCAUGGCUGGAAACGUUCAAGUUGUUCAAGGAAAUAAGGUUGAAAUUACUGAAUUGCCAGUUGGAACAUGGACUCAGAACUACAAAGAGAAUACCUUGGAGCCGUUGCUUCAUGGAACCGAUAAAAUUAAAGCUGUCAUUUCGGAUUACAAAGAAUAUCACACUGAUUCAACUGUGAAAUUUGUCAUUACAUUUGCUCCAGGUGAAUUUGAUCGAUUGUACGAAGAAUCUGGUGGAUUCCAUCGAGUAUUCAAAUUAACAUCAAGUAUAUCUUGCAAUCAAAUGCAUGGUUUCGAUCAUGUUAAUUGCCUGAGAAGAUUUCCAACUCCUGUCGAUAUUAUGAAAGAGUAUUUCCCUCUUCGUCUUGAGUAUUAUCAAAAACGUAAAGAUUAUCUUGUUGGUCAAUUGACUGCCCAGGCUGAUCGUCUUACCGAUCAGGCUCGUUUUAUUCUUGAGAAGUGCGAGCGAACGAUUGUGGUUGAAAAUAAGAAACGUAAGGCAAUGAUUGAUGAACUUAUCAAACGAGGCUAUAAACCCGAUCCAGUUAAGGAAUGGCAACAACGUAUUAAAGCGGAUCAGGAGGAGGAACCAGAAGAUGAUGAAGGAGGAGAAGAGGAAGCUGAAACAACUUCAGUAAAGAAGGAAAAGCAGAAAAAUGUUGAUCCAGAGAAAGCAUUCCAGAAAUUGACUGAUGUAAAGAAAUUCGAUUAUCUUUUGGGUAUGUCAAUGUGGAUGUUAACAGAUGAACGAAAGAAUGAAUUGCUUAAGCAACGUGAUCAGAAGUUAGCUGAAUUAUCUGCACUUAAGGCUAAAACUAUUGAAAUGUUGUGGCUCGAUGAUUUGGAUGAUUUGGAGAAAAAAAUGGAAGAAGUCGAAGAGAAGGAACGUCUCGAAGAACUUGGUUUGAAUAAGAAAACUGCAAAGGCUGCAGCCAGUAAGGCGAAGGCGUCUGCUCAAGCUAUGAAGAAACGAGGAGCUGCAAAAUCUGGCAAAGAAGAUAUAUUCCCCGAUCCGAGUGGUGUUAAAGUCAAAUUCACAAUGACUGCUGAAAUUUUGAAGAAGUAUGAACAAGCUUCGAAAGCUGCCGAAAAAGGACCGAAAAAAGUAGCUGUUAAAAAGGAGAAAGGUGCCGGCGGUGAUGCUUCGACAACAGGAGAAGGUUUAGAAGAAGAGGUUGAUGAGUUUGAUGCUUUAAUUGAGGGGAAACCAGCAGUUGCUAAAGUGGCUGCUGUUAAAAAGGAGGUUGUGAAGAAAGAGCCUGUGGCAAAGAAACCUGCUGCAGCGAAGAAAAAAACUGAUGGAUUGAAGCAGUCCAAAUUGAGCUUUGAUAAGCCAAAGAAGGGUCGUAAGAAGAAAAUAACAUCUGAUGAUGAAGAUGAGAUACAAGAAAUUGACAGCGAUCCAGAAAUAACCGUGAACACUAAGGUUACACCAAGAGCCGAUAGGCCUGGUCGUAGACAAGCUGCACAGAAAGUAAAUUAUUCUGGUCUACUUGAUUCCGAUGAUGAAAAUAAUGAAAGUGAUGGCGAAGUAGUUCUUUACGACAAUAAAGCAGUCACAGAAGAAGAUCAUAGAGUAGAAUUGCUGUCGGAUGAUGAUCAAAGUAUGAAAUCGGAAUCUGCUGGAGAAGCCUCAUCUCCUAUUAAACCUGCACCGACUAAAAGGCCAAGGAAAAAGGCUUCAAGUGACAGUGAUGAGGAUUCAAAAUCUAAAAAUAAAAAGAAGAAGAAGAUUGUGGUCUCCGACUCUGACAACAGCGAUUCAGACUUUGCAUAAAAGCAAAAAUUAAAUUUAAUAAUAAUAGUACGAGUAUAUAUUUAUUUCGAUUAUUAUUAAGAAAUGUAUUUUUGGCAAUUAUUGUUGUCAUCUUAUCAAUCAUUUACUCCAUUCAAAAUAUUGGAAAACUACAUUAAUAUUGGCUUAAGAUAAAUCAUCGAGGAGAAUUUAAAAAAAGGAAAACAAAACAAAAAAACUGGCACUUUUAUUCACAGAGAGAAACAAAAACUCAAUUUUCAUCGUAGAUUAAAAUUCUUUAUAAAUGUAGUUAAAAAUUACAAAUCUUAAUUAAUUAAUAUGUUUAACAAUGAGUAGAAUUAUAUAUUUUAAAUGUUUAUUUUUUUUAGCGUUCUACAUGUUUUAAAUAAGACUUGAGUGUUUUAUUUUAUAAUGUUAGGGAUUUUAAUUUUUUGCGUUUUGAUUUUUUUUUUGUUUUUGUUUCAAUCAAUGUUGCAUUUUUGCUUUUAAUGCAAAAGAACUAAUAGAAUUUGCUUAUAUUUUUUGUUUUUACUUUUUUAUUUAUUCUUUUUUUUUUCAAAACAAACUGUAUGAUGGCAAACUCAUUGUUAACAUUUUAAUGUUUGGAAGGCGAUUUUGUCUGAGUUCUACAAAUUAAUGUAGACAAAACAAAAACAAACAAAAAAUAUAUCAAAUAAAUUAAUUAUUGCCAGAUGAAUUUAUAUACAUUUGUACUGUUUGCUCUGAUAUUCUUUGUACAUAUUAUAAUAGAUAUUAAACACAAUUACACUUACAUUGUCGUAGUAAAAUAAAUAUUAAAAAAAAAUUAUAUA